AAAACUGAGUCAAAAAGGGGUUUAGGUAGAGUGAGUAUUUUGAAACGCCGAGACUUCCAUCCUUCACUCGUUUCCGUAGCUGCCUGCCUACCCACUUCCGUUGGCCACUGUUCCUUUCAUCUUCUCUCCGAGGUAUUGAGGCGAAAGAGUCCGGUUAUAAAUCAAACCAGUUUUGUGAUUCUAGUGGUUGCUUGGAGUUGAUUUUCAAGAGACAAUGCCUCAAGGAGAUUAUAUAGAGCGUUCAAUAAAAGAAAAUGGCCGCCGUUUGGAUUACGAAGAGCGCAAACGCAAGAAGGCAGCCCGUGAAGUUCACAAGCACUCUCAAAAGGCCCAGAAGACACUGGGUAUUAAGGGUAAGAUGAUUGCCAAGAAAAAUUAUGCUGAAAAGGCACAGAUGAAGAGAACUUUGGCCAUGCAUGAAGAGUCAACAUCUAGGCGCAAGGCUGAUGAUAAUGUUCAAGAAGGAGCUGUUCCUGCAUAUCUUCUGGAUCGUGAAAACACUGCCAGAGCAAAGAUUCUCAGUAACACCAUCAAGCAAAAGAGGAAGGAGAAAGCUGGGAAAUGGGAUGUUCCACUACCUAAGGUACGUCCUGUAGCUGAAGAUGAAAUGUUCAAAGUUGUCCGCACCGGUAAAAGAAAAACCAAGCAAUGGAAGAGGAUGGUUACAAAAGCUACAUUUGUUGGGCCUGGUUUUACCAGAAAACCCCCAAAGUAUGAGCGGUUCAUUCGUCCUACUGGAUUGCGGUUCACUAAAGCUCAUGUCACUCAUCCAGAACUUAAAUGCACAUUCAAUCUAGAAAUUAUUGGAGUGAAGAAAAACCCCAAUGGCCCUAUGUACACCUCUCUUGGUGUCAUCACCAAGGGAUCUAUAAUUGAGGUGAAUGUAAGCGAACUUGGUCUGGUUACACCUGCAGGAAAAGUUGUGUGGGGUAAAUAUGCCCAGGUUACCAACAACCCAGAAAAUGAUGGUUGCAUAAAUGCUGUUUUACUUGUUUAAGUUCAGAUUAAGGAUUAGAGGUCAAAACCAGCUCCCAUUAUUUUUGUAGUCUCGUAGGUACGACUGUAUUUGUCCGGAAAAAUGGCGAAGAAUUUUUGUUUUGAUUGGGAUAUUGACAUGUUCUAGUAUAAUAUUCUCCUUAUUUGGUUAAUCAAUGCAAUGGUAAUCACUUCUAGCACUUUAAGGCAAACUCUACAGCUUUAUAAUGAAGUAAUAUUGUAUGAGCAACAUUUUAAGAGGCUA